GAUCAUUGACAGUCUUCAACAAACAUAAGCCCCAUACUUCCCACCCCCCGCUGUUGAAAACUCGUUCGAACUCUCCCUCAGGCUGCCUCUGUCCCACUUCGCCUGUACCAUAGCAUCCAGCAGACCAUCAGUAUGUCCUCGAUAACAAUCACCCGCGACAAUGUCACGACCCUCUUCCCCGACGUCCAUACGAGGUUGAUCGGCGCCGACAUGGCACCCAACGCCACCCCCAACGGCAGCUCCGACAACAACUCGGACGACAUGCUCGCCGGCUACGACGAAGAACAAAUCCGCCUCAUGGACGAGGUCUGCAUCGUCCUCGACAACGACGACAUGCCCAUUGGCUCCGCCUCCAAGAAGGCAUGCCACCUGAUGACCAACAUCAACCAGGGUCUUCUCCACCGCGCCUUCUCCGUGUUCCUUUUUGACCCGCAGACGAAGAAGUUGCUGCUGCAGCAGCGCGCCAGCGAAAAGAUCACGUUCCCGGACAUGUGGACGAACACGUGCUGUUCGCACCCGCUGGCGCACCCUUCGGAGACCGGGAACGGGGAGCUGGCGAGCAACGUCGAGGGGGCCAAGCGCGCGGCGCAGAGAAAGCUCAACCACGAACUCGGCAUCCAGCCCCCACAGGUGCCCGUCUCGGACUUCUCCUUCCUCACGCGCAUCCACUACCUGGCUCCCUCGGACGGCAAAUGGGGCGAGCACGAGAUCGACUACAUUCUCUUCAUCGAGGCCGACGUCACGCUGGACAUCAACAAGAACGAGGUGCAGGACACGCGGUGGGUGAGCCCGGACGAGCUGAGGCAGAUGUUCAAGGACGUGGAGACGCAGAGCGGCAGGGACAAGGCCUUGAAAUACACGCCCUGGUUCCGCCUGAUUUGCGAGGGCAUGCUGUUCCAGUGGUGGGACAAGCUGGUGCAGGGCAAGUUGGGGGACGUGGCGGACGAGACGCAGAUUCGGCGCAUGUAAGUGAUAUGGCUCAAAUUCGAAGCGUCCGCAUGCGGACCCGGGCUGUUCGCUCGAGGGACUGGACAGGUGUGUCCGCAAUGCAAUGCGAUGCAAUCCAGUAAUUACAACAGAGCAUGGUCCCAUCUCGUUGCUAGGCGUUCCAGGCGUCCGGGAAAAAAUGGCCCGGGAUGAAAGGGGAAAUAGUGUACAGAUACAGAUACCGAGAUCGAUACCCUGGAGAAACAUGCAUUUUAAUUCUUGAAGCUGCCUGGACGCGAGGUUCUUUCCUGCUUGCUUUGUUCGAUACACUGCGCUUGUGCUUGGAGACUGUGAGCGAGAGGGCCCUUCAGGU